UUCAUUUGAUUAAAAAUAAUUUAUUGGGGGUAGUGGUAGAACAUUGAACAAGAAGCUAUACAAAUAACACAAUCUUUCACUUUUGUUUUGUCUCUUCCCCAUAGCAUCUUUGUGGAUUGUCAACGCUCUCUGAAAGAGGUGCCCAAGAAGCUUCCUUUUCUCUCUCUCUCUCUCUCUCUCUCUCUCCAAUGGCACUACAAAUCUCAACUCUUUAAAAACAAAAAACACUUCUACCAAAGAUCUGUCAUUACCAGUUCACCACUAUCUCUCUUUUCUAUUCUCUCUUCUCUCUUUCUCUGCAUUUACUUAAAACCUCAAAUUCAAUCUUUUUUCCUAGAAAAAUCUCCCUUUUACCUCUCUCUUUUGAAUCCCACUUACCCAAAACCCCAAAGCUCGAAACUUUACACUGAUCUGAAGCCUUAGAAAAAAUGGGAUUCUCAGCUGGGAAACGAAAAUCAAGAGAUGAGCAAGACUACACAGUAACCUUAGCUUCCACCGCUUUCCCCAUGGACGACCUCAGCGACGACGUCCUCGAGAGAGUCCUCUCGUGGCUACCUACUUCCUCUUUCCUCCGCAUGACCUCCGUCUGCAAGAGAUGGAAAUCAACCAAAACCUCAAAAAGCUUCAACCUUGCUUGCUCCCAAGUCCCUCUUCGAGACCCUUGGUUCUUCAUGAUCACUAACGAUUCAAAGUCUUCAACUUUCGUAUACGACUCAACAGAUAACAACUGGAAGAACCUCAACCAUAACCGCAACCGCCAAGAUUUCAUUCCAGUAGCUUCCUCUGGCGGCUUGCUCUGUUUUCGCUGCUCUGUUUCUGGUGGCUUCCUCCUCUGUAAUCCCAUCACUGGAUCUUCUCGUGACCUUCCUUCUCCAAUCUCUGAUGAUAACAGCAAACCUCUCCAAGCUGUAGCCAUGACUGCUCUCACUCCCUCCAGCUACAAGCUUGUUACAAUCUCUGGAGAAGCCCCAAACCUCUGUUUCAGGUUCUACGAAUCAGAUUCCGGUUCAUGGAGUAAAGAGUUGAACUUAGUGAAGAAGAACGAUGGAGAUGAGUACAAUGAUGACAAUGAUAGUGGAACAGUCUAUUUUCUCAGCAAGACAGGACACGUGGUUGUAGCCAGUAACAAUCUCCAGAGAAGUCCCUCUAAGCAGUACUCUUCUGUUAUAACCGUUAAAGACAAUGCAGAGACCGUCUACUUCCUCAGCUCUCACGGAACCAUCAUAGCUUGUGAUCUCACCAACAGAUGCUUCACCGAGCUACCUAAGCUUCUUCCUCCGUUUCUUGAGUACUCCAUCGACUUGGUGGAAUGCAAUGGAACCAUGUUUGUGAUUCUUCUCUCUGAGUUCUACGAAAGCGCCAGCUUGAGGAUAUGGAAGCUGGAGAACCAGAGCUGGGUUCAUGUUGGGAUGUUGCCUCCUGCAAUGUCUCAUGAGUUGUAUGGGAGAGAAGGUGACAUAAACUGUGUAGCAGGAGCUGAUGACAAGAUACUUGUGUGCUUCAACACGAGUCCUCCUGAGGUGUAUUGUAGAUACUUUGUGUAUGAUUUAGUUGCAGAACAGUGGAGUGAGUUGCCAAAAUGCUUCAAGGAUGGAGACGCUGUGGAGUUCGUUUCUGCUCUCUCGUUCCAGCCGCGGAUCGAAGCAACAGUUUGAAGUUUGAUUAGGCUUAAGUGAUUUGUUUUUGUAUUCUUUUCAGGAUAAUGCAAUGUAACAAGUAUUAAAUUAGAACAUGAAUGAUUUGUAGUAUGCAAAGAGCUUUGUCUCUACCAAAAAUCACCACAUGAGCAUUUACCAUCCUUGAAUCUGUGAAACCGAUUAGCAUC